GUAACGAAACUGUUGCCAGUUAUAAAGUGUGGUUACCUUUUUUCGCCAUUCUCAUUUCGACGCUCAUUCAAACCGCACACAAGCAUCAUCAUCAUGCCUCCGAUUACUAGUGGACAAGCAGCUAAGGCUGGUCCGAGCGGCAGAGGCUCCAAGGACGAGUCGAGGAAGAAGCGCAAGAAGAAGGAAUCGUACGCGAUUUAUAUCUACAAAGUCCUGAAGCAAGUGCAUCCGGACACUGGGAUCUCCAGCAAGGCGAUGCACGUCAUGAAUUCGAUGGUCAACGAUAUUUUCGACCGCAUCGCCGCUGAAGCGACGCGUCUUGCGCGCUACAACAAGCGCACGACCACCACCAGCCGCGAAAUCCAGACUGCCGUCCGUCUUCUGCUUCCUGGUGAACUGGCGAAACACGCGGUCAGCGAGGGCACCAAAGCCGUUACUAAAUACACCACUUACAAGUAAUUCCACUGUUUGCCAAUAAACAACCGAUGUAUUUCGAUAUUUAGAUGAAUAAAAAUUCUUAUUUUUUGUU